AUGCCCAUGCCCAGCGACGAUGAGCCUGGCAAACGGCCAUCGUCGCUUCGGCCGGGCGUGAGCAAUGUUGCCCAUCACGAUGCUUAUAUCGGCGACGGCACGGGGUGUGACGCGACGGAGGAGGGGCUGGGUGGCGUUCGCUGCCGUUGCUGUUUUGGUCUUGCUAUCGAGAAAGGGAGGCUACACAGACUCGGGAUGCUCGGCCGGGCCAUGACGACUCUGCGCUAUGCGUACACCCUCCCCUAUGAUAAUAGGAUAGCGUCCUUGAACGAUUUUGACGAGACCCGCGGCAUCUUGAUGCCGUGGUCGGCCGUCGCCGCCAACGGCCAGCAUCGGCCGUCGACAGCGGGCCGCCGCGCCCUCUAUAGAAGAAGUAGGCGCUGGACCCAGUUGCGCGGGUGCCUUGACACCACGGCGAAGCUGACGGAAAUGGCAAUGUGCAUCACGAGCGAGCCGGCUCGCCCACCGUCCGAGCAGCAGGCACAGCAGUUACAGUAA